AUAAUGAUAUAAUUAUAAUAAUAAGUUGUUUGUUACACCAAAAAUGACUCUUUUCUCACACACUGUAUCAUGUCCGAUACAACCCUCCACAAACAAGCAUGACAAAAAUGCAAUGCCUAUAAAAAGUAUUAAAAAAACGAUUGAUAUUUUUAUUUUAGGAAAAUGGGUUUCAAGAGGUGUUUUGGUAUAAGAAUGAAGUUUUGUAUGAUAUAGAGUAUGUUCAAAUUUAGCUAUUUAAAAAAAAAAUAUUUGUGAAAAAGCUUAGGUGUCCGAUACUAUCCGACCUUUCCCUAUGUGCGAGAAAACCGAAUCUAUUUGUGUCUUAAUUUCUUUUUUGCUAUAUUGUGUUAUUUUAUAUAGCCUUCUAUUCAUGACACAUUUAUGCACGCUUAUAAGAUAAUUGAAAAUUGACUUUUUCCUGGUAUUAUAAACAGCAAUUAGUACAAUAUGAAAAUAGUAUUAAAUCAAAAAAGUAUUUUUACGUGUUAAAAAUAAUGAAUUAAAGUACUGCAAACAGUAGAAAUACAAAAUCCGCGUAAAGUUGGAGUAGAUAUUACAAAUUAUUCCAAUUUUCGCCUUUUAUAUAGACUUUUAGAGUAUUUAGUCUAACAAAAGUAGUAAAAGAUUAAAUUUUAUUUCAAUGUCCUUAUCAUAUCAAAAAAUAUACAUUGCAGAAAUAAAUCGAGUGAUUAAUAGCAUUUAUUAUUAGGCAGAAAUUUUUUUUGUUACUUUUGCUAUAAUUUAUUAUUUAUAUGAAACUGACUGAAGAAAUUAUAUUUCUUAUUUAUUUCUUAUUAGUUGAAUUGCAUCACACACAUCAGGAGAAAUGUGGGCCUAUCUUGUCCUUUUAGCCGUCAUUUUGGCUAUAUUACACGCGUUACACCAAAAGAAUUACUUCAGAAUUAUGAGGUUUAUUUUCACUCUGAAUGGGCCAAAAACGGUGCCCAUUCUUGGCAAUGCAAACCUGUUUAUUGAAGGAAAUCUAUUGGAAAGAAUAGCGGACGAGUAUCAGAAUUAUGGUCGCAUUAUUCGCAUUUGGGUGACGUUUGUGCCACACGUUGUGCUCAUCGAGCCGGAGGAUAUCAAAAUAAUAUUUAAAAACCGGAAACACCUAGCAAAGGCAUCUUUUUACAAACUGGUCGACAAUUUUCUGGGUAAGGGUCUUAUUACUCAAGAUGUCGACAAAUGGGACACACAUCGGAAAAUCUUACAACCGGCAUUCCGUCCAGCUAUGUUGGAAAAUUUUAUCGAAACGUUUGGCGAGUGCGCCAAUCGCCUAGUCGACAAGUUGCUCGAAAAAAAUGGGGAAAAUAUAAACAUCACUACAUUUGUUAACAACUCGGUCUACGAUAUAGUGAGAGAAACGAUUUUGGGCAUCCCGGCAAGCCAAACGUACAAUGACGAAGAGGAUAAAUUUAGAAAAAACCAGUUAAGGAUGAUGUAUAGAUUUGCGCAUCCAUGGUUGCUAAUCAAUUGGAUUUACCGAUUGACAGCAGCUAGCAAAUUAGAGCAACAACACCAAAAUGAAUUGAUGGACUUUUGUUCUAAAAAAAUGGAGGAAAUGCACAAAAAUUUGCAAAAGAACGAUUUCUUCAAUAACUCAAGGAAAACAUCUUUACUUGAGUUCAUGAUCGAGUACAUGAUCAAAGAGAACGAUCCGCAAAUAACUAAAAAAGAAAUUAUUGAAGAAUGCUGUACUUUUAUGUUGGCCGGCCAGGAAUCAGUCGCCACGUCUACUGCAGUUACUCUCUUUUAUUUGGCAAAAAAUCUAAAAUGGCAACAAAAAUGUAUUGAGGAAAUAAAUGAAAUUUUUGGUGAGGAUAGAAGAUCACCAAUUAUGGAAGAUCUCACCAAGAUGAAAAACUUGGAAAUGUGCAUUAAAGAAUCUUUAAGAUUAUAUCCUACAGUACCUUUGUUUGCGAGGACACUCGGGGAGGAUAUAACAGUAGGAGAACAUGUAAUACCGGCCGGGUGCAACGUAAUUUUAAUGCCAUAUUGUACGCAUCGAUUACCUCAUUAUUUUCCUGAUCCUCACGAUUUCAAACCAGAGCGGUUUAGCCCUGAAAACUCCGAAACAAGGCAUCCAUUUGCCUACAUACCAUUCAGCGGUGGGCGUCGCAACUGUAUCGGAUCCAAUUUUGCCAUGCUCCAAAUAAAAUCAAUCAUUAGCGCUAUUCUGAGGAAGAUUCAAUUAGACCCGGUCCUCGGCAAAGAAAAUUUUUUACCUAAAUAUCGCAUUACGAUUAGAGCACAUGGCGGACUUUGGGUCAGAAUAAAAGCAAAUGAUUAAAAGAAACCGAAGCAAUCCUUCACGUCAGAGACGCUCUAUUAACUAGCGAGACCACAGGCAAACUUCAUCUAACACCAUGUAUAUGCAAAAUAUCUUUUUUAUAUAUAUUUUUUUCUACAUGUAAUUUUUUUCAUAUAUUUUUUCUUUACAAAUAUAAAUCUCCUUCUUUUAUUUUUUUUAUCUUAAUAUCACGCAGAAGCUAGCUCUUAUACUAUCUAAUCUUGUAUUAUAACUUUGGGUAAGCAAAGUGGUAGCAUGUAGCGUGGGUACCAUAAUCAAAUGUUGUUUUUUGUCAAACCAAAAAUUCUUAAAAUUUAUCAAAAAUUAAAAUAUUUUUUUUAAAUAUCCCGAAUUCUGAAUGUGAAAUUUCACACCCACAGAAGCUUUGGGUGUAGAAAACUCCAUACCCUCCAUAAGGAAAUCUCCGUCCCUGCUACACAUAGUUACAAGAAUUAUUAAAAUUAAUUUUACAAACCUGACAAACUCUGAAAAAUACUAAAUAUUUUGAUUUAUAAAUUUGUUAGCAAUAGCAUUUAAACCUAAUUUCAUUGUUUCUUUCUUAUGUAUAUGUAAUGGUCAACAUAAAGGUGCAGUAUUCUUCAAUAACUUCUUGUAAGUGAUUUGCAGAUCGUUCAUGUUGAUCAUGUACUUGAUCAUGUACUCAAGUAAAAAUGUUUUUCCAGUUGUUGGGUUAUUAAGAAAACCAUUCUUUUGUAGAAAUUGGUGUAUUUUUUUCAUUUUUUUGAGACAAAAAUCAAUUAAUUUAUUUUGGUGUUGUUUCUGGAGAAAAAUAAAUUAAUUGACUUUUGUCUUACAAAAAUAAAAUUC